AUGGCAUUUUCUGAAGUGCCUGAGAUUUACUCUGAAAUUAUCCAUGAGAGAUUAAAAGUGUUCCUGGCAACUUUAGCUAUCAGAAAUGAGACUACAUUUACCGCUGUAGAUCCUUAUCUUGGCACUGACACUGUCACUGGGUUUUUACUGGCUGGUGUCGGUAAUGUUGACUUAAGGAGGAAGACAAACUAUCUCAUCGUUGACUCGAAAACAACUGUGAAAGCAAUUGAAGAUACCUUCAAGGAGUUCACAUCAAGGGAGGAUAUCGCUAUUGUUUUGAUCAGUCAAUAUGUUGCAAACAUGAUAAGGUUUCUGGUUGAUAGCUACAAUAAGCCAGUUCCAGCGAUUCUUGAGAUCCCUUCAAAGGAUCAUCCUUAUGACCCUGCUCAUGAUUCAGUGCUUUCGAGAGUGAAGUACCUCUUCUCUGCUGAAUCAGUGGCAUCAGGAAGGCGCUGAACCUUCCACUAUUUCUUGUAUCUUCUACUGAGUAGCUGUAUGUUCAUUUGCCUGCCAGCAUGUAAAUGCGUAUUGUGACUUAUAAACUAUCUGCUAAGUGAUGACAGGCAUUGAUGACUUAAUAAGUAAGGCCUGUUUUUUUGGUGUUUUCUUGAGCUUGGCAAUCUGAUCGAGGCUGAUGUAUCGACAAGAAUCACACAGUCGCCGUUUAUCAAGUGUAAUGGCGAUCUUGUAAGGAUUUCUAGUGUCAAAUAAUUUCGUAGUGGAAAA